AUGCCCUCUCUGGCAAGUUGUCUGGAAGAGCGCCCAGCGACCUUUAUAUACAUGAUAUGCACGGAGUCUGUGGUCUUUAUCUCAACGCUAUGGUCUGCUUUCAGCCUGGGGACCAUCUACUUGUUUACCCAGUCGGCGGAGCAGGUAUUCGGGGAAUUGUAUGGCUGGGAUGCUAUCAAGGGAGGAUAUGUGCAAGCCGCGAUCGUUAUUGGUGAGCUCAUUGGUUGGGUAUGCCGUCUGCUCACCAACCAUUGGUACUACAAGUCCGCGCUCCGGAAUACCGAAAUCCCCGGAGUCGAGAUUCCGGAGGCCCGUCUCUAUCAGGCGCUCGUGGGAGGUUUAGUCGGCGUCACCGGAGGUAUGUUCGUCUAUGCAUGGACAUCAUACUCUUUCUUUCCGUGGAUCGCUCCAGCCAUUUGCUUGGCUAUGGUCGGCGCUGGCAGUGUUUGUGUUAUCGUGAGUACCGCAAACUAUCUUGUUGAUGCGUACAGCAUGAACAGGCAGCGUUAUUCCUCCAUGGGCCCGAUCUCACAGGAUAAUGCUUUAGCCGCUUGCUACCAGCUGGUCCUAAGCUGUGAGGAGAAAGUUAUCGUUAACAAGAUUCGCCUUCGAUUGCUUUACGUUGCUUUCUACCGUGUGAAACAAGACAUACAGCCAGGAAGCCAGUACGAGUACUCUGACGCUGCCAAGUUCAUCGCAGAGGCCAUAUCCCAUGCCAGUUCAAUCGAGGAUUCGUUUGAUAUAAUCCAUAAGAAGAUAAGAACCUGGAUUGGAUACGGAGAAAGCGAUUCCGAAACUCUAUGGACGAAGGAACUUCCCAAGAGUUCGACCCGAGGAAACCGUGUUUCCAUACUGCAGAAACUGAAGGAGAGUGGAAUUUGUGAAGAAGCGAACGUAAGAUCUCUGCAUAGUCUUGCGGAACAGGAAGUUGAAAGGGUAUCAAAACCUCUUAAAGAUGCUGUGCACAGAGGUAUAAGUCGACGUCUGUCACAAACGCCCUUCAGCGCUACUAGAGAACCAUCGGGCACAGGAAUACAGAGCCCAGAAGAUAUGUCAAGCAAUGCACCAAAUAACUUCGAGCAGCCAUCCAUAAUGAAUCCUUCAGUCAUCAGGGUUGAGGCCACGUGUACCCAAAAUAGGCCUAACUCCGUCUCUCAGAAUGCUAUUUGUCCUCCGAUGCAUCUCGAGCCUAGUUCGAUACACAUACCAGAUGCGAACAUGGUAGCUGGCUCCUCGACCACAGAAAGUCAUCAGAGCUCAGAUUCGUUGGAUGACUUGCAAGCUCCGAUCGACACUGCAUCCUCAUCAUUUCACUUAAAUGGGGCACUUCCUGGUAACCACCCUGGGCUAGGCCAACAAGCAAUUCAGCGGUGUACCAAUGUCUCCCCUCCGGCCGGAUUCUUCCAUGUGCUACAAGCCUUCCAAGGAGCUACAGUGCCUACAGGAUACACCGACGCGACGGAAGCAAUAUCCACUGAUUUUCAUGGCCACCCCGGUCAAUUUUGGAAUGCGAUGCAAGAUGCCAGCAGACGGACCAAUACCCAAGCCAACCAAAGAACGACUUGGCUUGAAGGCUCCCAACUCUCGAGUGAUAAUACAGGGAUAGAUGGCUACCAUAACGUCUAUCAGGCGAUACAACCUUCAUCGCUCUCGGGGUUUAUCGAUGCAAAUUUCGCAAUGCAAGGCGGUUGGGAUACUUAG